UUUGCGUCCGUCCGUCCGCCCGCCCGGAGCAGCAGCGGUUGGUGCCAGUGGCCGGUCGGUCGGUCUGAGCUGUCCCGUCCUGUCCUGUCCUGUCCCGUCCGGGCGGCCGCACAACCAGCCGCACUUAUCCGCAGCCCCCGCUCACAACUCGGGCUUCCGUGUUCAUCCAGCCCUUGUCCCAAGUUCGCCCGGAGAGAGCAGCCCGGGAGGGGAGGCGGCCGUAGCCCGCAGGACAUACCAUGCAGGAAAGCAUCAAAUUAGCCUCGUGUGGGGAUGAUAUUAAAAUCUGGGAUUCGGUUUCCAUGACUAUAGUGGAACAAUUUAAUCCUCAUAAGAAGCCCUGUGAAAUAACUUCUGUUUGCUGGACUGCCGAUAAUCAGUGUUUGUUGAGUUCAUCCAGCAGUGCGGAUAAGAUUGUAUUAUCAACAUGCAAAUCUACUCCAGUUCCUAUAAAAGAUUUUGCAGAAGGGAGAAAACAGACAUGUGUAAGUCUGGGUUCUACCGGCAAAUGUAUUGUAAGUGGCGGUCUGGAUAACACAGUUAAUAUCUGGGAUGCAAAGUCGAAGAGAUGUCAUAGAACACUGAAGGAUCACAGGGAAGCAGUGACUUGUGUAUGUUUCAAUUGGAAUGACUACUACAUAGCCUCGGGUUCAUGCAGCGGUGACAUUAUUGUGCACAGUCUGACAACAAAUAUUUCCAGUUCUCCGUUUGGCCAUGGGAAAACUCAGCCAGUGCAAGACCUGAAGUAUUCCAUCUUUAAAAAAGCUUUGCUGGGAAGUGUCCACGACAGUGGAACUGUAACUCUUUGGGACGUUAAUACACAGCAAGUUCACCAUACGUUUGAAAAUGCUCAUAAGGCUCCAGCUUCCAGCUUGUGCUUUUCACCAGUAAAUGAUUUGUUGUUUGCCACAGUUGGUUUGGAUAAAAAAAUAAACUGCUAUGAUUCCUCCAGCAAAAUGAUAUUACGAACUAUUUCUGUUGAGGCCCCUUUGACUGCAGUCAGCUUUAUGACAGAUGGAGCAACGUUGGCUGUAGGAUCCAUCAGAGGAAAGAUUUAUGUGUAUGAUUUGCGAGUGACCUCUUCACCAUUAAAAGUUGUCAGUGCCCACAAGAAAUCUGUUCGCUGCUUAAAGUUUCAGAAUGGUCCAACACAAAUCAGGUCAAAUGGGAGCAAGAGCAUUGUAAACAGGACUUCGACCGUGUUGUCAACUGGAGCCAUGAAGAGGCCUUCAGCUAAGUCGAACAGUGCACCAAAAGAGAUCCUGGAUUUUGCUACACUAAUGACAACUGCUCCAACUGUUAAAGUAACUCCUUUCAUUCCAGAAGUCAAAGGAGCUGAAGCUAAUCUAGAAGGGAAAGGUUUAUCACAUAGUACCAGUUUAGAUGUCAUUCCAUCCAAAGAUACGGAAAAUACAAAAGUCACGGAUAGCAGUGGUAGCUUUAAGAACCUUGAUUGUUUGGGUGGAAACAGCUUUGGAGAUGUAUUCUCACCAGUUCGAGACGAUGUUUCGGGGUCAAAGGCAAGUGAAGACAGCGUGGCAAGAGGAAAUGGUAUAGGUUUAGGAGUUUCGCCAGAACUGAACACCAUGUUUUCCACAAGAACUAAUCCAAUGGGUUCUUGUACAAAGGGAGACUUGCACUCCAGCUCCUUGCAUGGCUUUUCAUCGCCAUCUCCUGUGAAGGAACCGACACAGUGCCAUGAGAAGAUUUCCAUCAGUAGCCAAAUCCAGAGUGGGAGGCCAUACUUGAAAGAGACACUUGAAAGUGCCCAGGGAAUUGACAUGGGGUUCCUGAAAUCAAAAAUGACAGAGCAGAAUGGUCAGGUGGAAAAUAAGAAAUUGGAACAGUUAAGCUCUUCCAUAACUGAGACUGGAAUCUUGUCAAUGCCUCUAACGUCUUCCAUGGUGAAAACACCUGAACUGGGGGAAAGAAAAGGAAGAGUAUCUUUUAUCCAGGAAUCUAUGGAGGAUAAUUCUCCCAUAUCUGUUGCAAAGAUGACUGCUGCUCCAGGGAUUCCUAACAUGUCUGAAAAAUUUGUGGAUGCACUUGGAAGUGAAGGGCAGCAAUUAACAUCCGCUCAAGUUCAAUUAAUAAAGACCAUUAUACAAGAUACUUUGGAGGAUUAUAAAGAUGCAUGGCACCGAGAUAUCGUAAACCUACAGCUAGAGAUGAUCAAACAAUUCCAAAUCCAACAGAACGAAAUCCAUGGUUUACUUGAAAGAUACUCCAUUAAUGAAGCUUUAGUGGCAGAAAAUGAGAGAUUGCGAGAAGAAAAUAAGAGGCUACGAGCUAUGUUUUAAGAUGAGAUGUUGCUGAGAGCUCGCUAAAGCAAGAAGGUUUUGCACUGAGAAGCAGCAAUAAUACCCUGCCAUAAGGCAAGCAUAGGUGAAGACUGACUUCAACGCAUUAAUAUUUAAUACGUAAAUGUUUUGUACAUCACACCAUUAAUCGCAGAGUAGCUGGCCCAUUUUGAUUCUAAAAUGAGCCAAAAAACAGCUGUCUCAAUGGAUGGAAUAGAAGUAUUAAAAGUCUUUUCAGAUGCUAUACAACGGAAUUUUGAUAAAUGUUACAAAUAAUCUUCCAGAAAAUGUGCCACAAUCAGGAGUUUUACGUAAUAGAAUUGAAUGAGAAAGGUGUAUUAAAGCUCAAAGUAAAAAUCAGACUAAAGGUGGGAUAACAUGCAUUGUUCAAGAUUCUAAAGCGUAGGUUUUACAAAAAAAACCAGCAAUAAAUGAAAAUAUACUCAAAGAUAGAUCCAGCACACUGGGUAAAGAUUAUUUUAUAAAUUGGCAUUUUCUACUUUUUACAAAUUAUUGUUUAUUUUUGUCUGACAAUAACCAUACUUACUCAGAUACUUAAAUCGUUGAUUGCUAUUUGUGAAUAUCUUUACUUAUUUUCCAUCGGCUGCCUAAAAACAAUAACUACUAGUUUCUGUUCGGUACAAGCAGUAUUUUUACUACUGGAUAAGCGAAUCUAAAUAUUUGAACGUUGCAUUAAUACUGAGUAGAUGGUCUAAAGUGCCUUUUUCAGAUUUCUAAAUGAGCAGGUUACACAGGAAUUCUGAUACACUGUCAUUGACUUGACAUUCAGCAAUUGUGUAGAAUAGCCAUUGUUUAUAUUACGUACACUAUUUUGUAAAGAAUUUCGAGUGGAUUCUGUUUUUGAAUUAACAUUUAAAAUGCAGGAUAUUUCUAAUGAAAAAAAUACUAUAUUAAAUGUGGUUUGCAAUAAAUAUAUUGGUAAGCGUUUGGUAUUUCAGAAAGCACUUAAAAGUAAAUUAGCUGGAAUUGCAUCAAAGAAAAGAUGGCAUGUUUUUAUAAUAAUCAAAAUGCUUUAAGUAAAAACAUUGGUUCUAACAGCAA